ACGACUUUCGUCUGCUUUUUCACGUGUCACAGACUCACAGACACAUUGCACAUUUUCGCUCGACGUUUUAUAUUCCCUGCAUAUCAGAAUGGAGUGGAUAAAACAUAAAGACUUCCCUGAAGAAAUGACAGCCAACACUCAGAACCUUGACUCUGCUCUCUCAGAAAUGGAGGCAGUUGUCAAUGCAUUAACUUCUGUGCCAUUAACUGAAGUCCAUUCAUGUUUGAAACCUAUAGAACACUCCAAGUUUGACACCGCUUCUGUAUAUGCUGUGACUUCUCUGUUCUGGGCAUACAUGAAAACAAGAGGGGUUGACCCAAAAACUAAUGGUUUACCAAGGGAGCUUGAGAGAGUAAAGAGUGCAAUUGGCCGAUCUAAGAAGAUUGUGGACAGAGCUCUGGCUCCUAAAGUUGAUAUCUCAGCAGCCAAGAGGUUCAUUCGUGGUGGUCUCUGGGAGCCUAAAGACAGUGAACAAAGAGAAGGUUCUAAUCAAGAAAAAAGUGAUGUUUCCAAGCCACCACCUAACAAAAGAAUAAGAUUUGAUGAUGCAGGAUCACCAGAACUGAAUAAUGCAGAAAGGUAGUCACCAAAAAUACAAAUCUCUAAUCUUCACUGUGUUUUUACGUGUUGAUUUGCAUUCUUUGCUUUUUAAAGCAUUUUCUGGUAAGACAAUAAUUUACAUACAUGAUUUUUA